AUGACUGCCAUCCUGGUCACCGGCGCCACCGGCAAACAGGGCGGAUCGGUAGUCCGGAAUCUUCUGGCUCAAAAUGCUCCCUUCGACAUCCUCGCAGUCACUCGUAAUGCACAGUCCUCGUCAGCCCAGAAGCUGGCGCAGCAAUCACCCAAGAUCAAGUUGCUAGAGGGUAACCUCGACAAUCCGGAGGCUCUAUUCCGCGCUGCCAAGAGCGCGAUCUCCACGCCAAUCUGGGGCGUGUUCAGUGUCCAGGCUGCCGAUCCGCGCAACGACUCCGAGCGCCGACAGGGUCUAGCUCUGGUCGACGAAUCCAUCAAACAAGACGUCAAAUUUUUCGUCUACAGCUCGGUCGACCGCGGUGGGGAAGCGUCCAUUGACAAUCCCACCGAAGUCCCGCAUUUCAUCUAUAAGCACGAGAUUGAGAAGCACCUCAUCGCCGCAUCCAAGGGAACGGGGAUGGAGUGGGCCGUGCUGCGACCCACGGCAUUUUUCGAGAACCUGACCCCGGAUUACUUCGGGCGUGUCUUCGCGACUGCCUGGCACAUGGCGCUGAAGGGAAAGCCGCUCCAGCUGAUCGCUACCAGCGAUAUCGGCUUCUUCGCUGCGCAUGCGUUCUUGCACCCGGAAGAGUCUCGAGGGAAGUUUUUCUCGCUGGCGGGAGACGAGCUAACGUACGAUCAAAUGGCGACUAUCUUCAAGCAAAAGACAGGGAAAGACGUCCCGACCACUUACAGACUCCCCGUGCGGUUGAUGAUGAUGGCCGUGAAAGAGCUGGGAGUCAUGUUCAAAUGGUUCUAUGAACAGGGCUAUGGGGCAGAUAUCGAGGCGUUGAGAAAGAUCAGUCCAGUGCUGAAAGACUUUGGCACAUGGGUGGAGACGGAGAGUGGGUUCAGAAAGCGUUGA